UUUAGACCCUCGAGUUUUCCGCAGCAGAUGUAUAAAGCGCAUGAACAUCGCAUUUGUUAGACGUUAGUUAGCGCCUUUUUCUACUUUCUCCUCUUUCUUCUUCUUCUUCCUAUACAAAUAUAUUUCCGUCAAACUCUCUUGAAGCUAUUCUUCUUCAAGAUCAUGGCGGAAUCUCAAGCCAAUCAGACCACGGAGCCUCUGGCACAAAAGGAUGGAGGAGAGAAGCAUCUCAAGUAUCUCGGUUUUGUGCAAACCUUGGUGAUCUAUUCUGUUGUUUGUUUGUCGACCGUUUACAAAUAUGGCAAGGAGAACGCCGGCCGGUUUAAGCCUAGCGUCCAAAGCGCGGAGAACACCGUUAAAACCGUCAUCGGACCAAUCUACGAAAAGUUUCAGGGCGUUCCUUUGGACCUCCUUAAGUUCCUUGAUAUAAAGGUGGGUGAGGCACUGGUCGCGCUCAACCGCCAUGUGCCAACACUAACAAAACAAGUUUCAAACCACGCGAAAUACGCGGGGAAGAACCUUCCGGGAGUGACUAGAGAUUUGACUUCCGAGGCACUCAAAUCAACUACAAAAGUGGCUAAAGCAUUGUACAAAAAGUACGAGCCCACGGCUAAAGAGCUCUACCAAACCUACGAACCAGUAGUCGAAAAAUACGCGGUCUCCACCUGGCGGUCGAUGCAUAAACUUCCAUUAUUCCCUCAAAUAGCUCAAAUAGCCGUGCCCGCAGCCGCUUUCUUGCUUGAAAAAUACAACUGCACAGUCUGUUAUACCGCGGAGAGAGGUUACGUGGUGGCACAGUAUCUACCGUUGGUUCCGAUUGAUAAAAUCGCAAAGGUGUUUAAAGAUGGCGAGAAUGAGUCAACGGUUGGUCAAAGUGUUCCGGUCGAGACAUGAUUGUCUGUUACAAAUCGCAUAUGAUGAUAUGUUGGUCUUCUUUUUUAUUUAUGUUAUUGGUUAAUUUUGUUAUAUGUAUAUUUAGUUGGAUGGUUUUUGUGCUAGUGGAAUACAAGUCAAAAAGUAUAGUUUGGUUGUAUUUAUGAUUUGAUCUUCUGAUA